AAACGGCGGCUGGGCCCGAGCCCGCAGCAAACACAUCCAUAGAAGGCAGUGGAGUCGCCGAGCCGGGCUGUGCUCGCCGGCCCGCCCGUCCGCUCCCCAGCUUCUUUCUUCUUCACCCGGUGCACUGCCCCGCGCCCUCCCCCUCGCCGCCCCGGAGACAAAGAACCCGGAAAGUUUGCGCGGGUGAGCGGGGCAGGUGAGGAGGGGCGUGCCCGGUCCCCCCCACCUCAAGCCCGCGCCACUGCAGCCGGACGCAGGCGGCGGCCCAGCCUCGCCGAGUCCCCAGCGCGCCAUGGGCGCCGCGGCCCGCAGCCUGCGGCUGGCGCUCGGCCUCCUGCUGCUGGCGACGCUGCUGCGCCCGGCCGACGCCUGCAGCUGCUCCCCUGUGCACCCGCAACAGGCGUUUUGCAAUGCGGACGUAGUGAUCAGGGCCAAAGCGGUCAGCGAGAAGGAGGUGGACUCUGGGAAUGACAUCUAUGGGAACCCCAUCAAGAGGAUUCAAUAUGAGAUCAAACAGAUAAAGAUGUUCAAAGGACCUGACAAGGACAUCGAGUUUAUCUACACAGCCCCCUCCUCGGCAGUGUGUGGGGUGUCGCUGGACGUUGGAGGAAAGAAAGAGUAUCUAAUUGCAGGCAAGGCCGAGGGGGAUGGUAAGAUGCACAUUACCCUCUGUGACUUUAUUGUGCCCUGGGACACACUGAGCACCACCCAGAAGAAGAGCCUGAACCAUAGGUACCAGAUGGGCUGUGAGUGCAAGAUCACACGCUGCCCCAUGAUCCCAUGCUACAUCUCCUCUCCGGACGAGUGCCUGUGGAUGGACUGGGUCACAGAGAAGAGCAUCAAUGGGCACCAGGCCAAAUUCUUCGCCUGCAUCAAGAGAAGUGAUGGGUCUUGUGCAUGGUACCGCGGGGCGGCACCCCCAAAGCAGGAGUUUCUCGACAUUGAGGACCCAUAAGCAGCCCGACAGCGCCCCUGUGGCCAAUUGAAAAGUCUCCGAGGGUUUAGACUGGUCCAGCUCUGACAUCCCUUCCUGGAACAGCAUGAAUAAAACAAUCAUCCAAGUGGGUCCACAUUAGUGUGAUUCUGCACCCCCCCAUUUUCCCUAAACACGGUAGUGGGUCUGGAGGGACAGGUGGGCCAGGGUCCCUGCAACACCCUCUCCCUCUGCCAGCCUGGCACUGUGUGUCUCAGGCUUUUUGAUCCUUGGGUACAGGCAGGGGUGGGAUAUAAGACUCCCUACCCAGGCCUCUUUGACACUGUCACAAACACCAGACAGGUUAGCAUUUUAGGGUCCCCUGGCCCUGUUGGGGCAGAGCCUGGAUGUGCAUUUUGCAGAAACUCUUGAAGGUUGUUGCAUGACUGUGUAGCCGGCCUACCAGGUCCUUUUCAUCCUGAGAGGGGUAUGUCCCUCAUUUUCUGCAGCAGCCGCCCCUCUGGCCCAAGGUGGCAGUCCCUGGCCCUUUCAAGUGCCCUCCCAUCUCCCCUGGGCCUGCUAAAGACUCCCAGCUCCUGGGACUCCCUGAAGUUCAAGAGCAGCCCUAGAACCAGUGGUUCAUUCACAGAAGAGCCCUAUCAACCCCAUGAAUCUACAGAAUUCAGUGACACCUUCCUCAGGCCGGUGGGGAGGUAGAGCCCUCGUUGAGGCACAUGUCUAAGUCCAGCCAAGUCAUUUCUGUGCCCUCUCCGAUCUCCACCCCCGGUCCUCAGCCCCUAGUGUGGAUACGUGAGGCCUCACACAGGGGGCAGGAGUCAGACUGUCCUCCUAGUUCAUCCCCAGGUUUAUCAUGCUAUCCUUGACCCCUUGUAAGUGGUUUCUGGUAUCUGGGUUGUGUUGUGUGGCUCUGCUUUGAGGGGUGGUGCUGUGCUGCUGUUGAGCAGCCGGCUCUGUUCCCCUUUUUUUUUUUGCACAAACUGAAGCUGUAAAAGGCCAGUCUUGCUCUGCCCCAGCAGAAAAACCCUAGUGAAAUCUCUGUACGAGGCCAGUAGUCACUAUGUGGAUUCUGUGUCACUAGCUAAGCACGUGAGCCCCACAAGGCAAGGGGAGACAGAGACAGGCGGUUCUCCAGGCCCUUCCUUCUUACUGAGCCCCCAGGAUGCUGUGGCUUGCUUUAAGAGACAUCUCAUUUCCUAAAGAUGAAUUCUCAGAAGAUGAAUUCUCAAAGACAUUCUCUACUUCCAUUUCUUAAUGUCAUAAAGACUGUCCACUUAAGACCCUUUAUAGGGAACUGGGAACCUACUAGUUCCCUUAAAAAAAUAAUGACUUUUCAAUGCCAAUAGAAGGGGGUUAAGACAGGCAAAGCUUCAUAAGGAUAUAGUUUCUCUUCCUCCUGCCCAUGUCUCAAGCUAAGCCGUCCCAAGGACACACGUGUACAUUAUCCAAACAUACACGCACAAAUGCGCACAUACAGAUGCUGGUGUGGCAGCCUGUGAGUAGUCCUUUCGUAAAAUGCUUCCAAAGACCUCCCUCCUUGAAGCCUGUCCCCGUCAGCAACCACAAAGCAAUUGUAAGACUCCUGGCCCCCAAGUGGCACUGGGACCUGGUCAGCUCAGAACUUAAUAACUUCCAUUUUUAGGACAGACUAGGAGAAAAUCCAGGAAUCAGCCUCCAUCCUGCCCAAGGGCAUUUUCAUGCUGUUCAGUGAUGUAGUCUUGUUAGGAUACUGUCAUGGACCAGACCACAUGAUUUCAGUAUACACGUUGCCGCCAGAUCCUCCCAUCUAUCCCACCCCGCCCAUUUGCUUCCUAUACAGUGGAAUCAUAUGUAAUAAUUGCUCCCAUUUCUGCUGACUUUUGACAUGUUCCAGUUUGUUUUUGACAUUGCUGUAAGCAUUCCUGUGCUGUGGUUUUUUUUUUUUUUUAAUUACCCUUGAUAGGUAUUAGACUUGCACUUUUAAAAAACAAAACAAAAAUUUCUGCAUUGAGGAAGCAUCUCACCCAGAGUAGAAAGCAUGGCGUGGGUGCAGCUGGCCUGGGACUGUGGGACCUUCAAAUCUUUUUUUCUGCCUCUUUAUCUUUGCUUUUCCAACCUUCUGACUUUUGUGUCUGGUUCAGCUUAAUUAGGAAGGAAGCAUCUCUUGAGUGCGUUGAUUCUAAAAGAUGGUGUUUAUAUUUGAAUCACACACGCUGGUGUUUUAACCAUGCCGAACAGAGUAAGAGAACGGAAAAAAAGCCAAUGGGACAAAGUGCCGGGUGGCAGCCGAGCGGCGGCCAAUCAAAGGCCUUUGCAGCAAAUUAAUUGCGAUAUAUAGCUUAAGGCAGAUCUCCACUUGGCAUUGUUUAAUUUAUGUUGUAUUCUAAGCACUGCGCUUUUCCCUCCAUCUCCAUCGUGCCAGCAACUCGAAAUAUUUAAGAUGAAGUUUACAUGGUAGUUGUUUCCAAUCUCUGCUUGAUACGUAUUAAGAAAUAUCUGUGAGCUUGCUGCAUAAUUUAAAGCUUUGUUGAUUUUGUUUGGACUCUUUGUUGUUGGGGGACACCGUGUUCAUGCUGGACUAUGAAGUCCGAGAUACCCCGUGCUGGGAACACAAGAGUUGCUGAACGUCAACAAGCUGACUGCGCAUGUCUUUGAUGCUUUGUAUUUUUUUUUUUUAGAGUGAUUGCUCUGUCAAUGGACAAUAAACCAUAUUAUCAAACAGAAA